GCAACCCUGCCCCAAACUGCCAAAGUCCUACUUUGUCAUUGGGUCGCUGUGACAGAGAGAGCAAGCCAAGAGAGACAUAAGAGAGGACAAGACUACGAUUGGAUGCCACUGAUUGUGUAAAAAGGCUAAAGCAGCUUGUGAGUAUUCUUACUUGUCAUGGCCCCUUGGGGGUUGCUCAAGAAGACGAGCUCUGAGGGCACAUGAAGGAACGACGACUCGAGAAGAAGUAAACACAAGUGACAAGAAGUAACGUAGGAAAACAAAGCUUUUACAAUUGACAGCGCAAAAGAGUCACACGGGGACAACACUCUUCGGUGUCCCAGUGCCUCCACUGAGAAAGAGACAGCGGUUACUGACUCAUCCAUCAAUACACCAUUCCAUCCGUCAUCAUCAUCUGUCCAACGAAGGGGUGAAAGGCUAAAGAAAAACAAUGAAGAGACCUCACGACUACAGCUCACCAGACUCGGACACAGACGAGUUCAUCGACGUGGGGCAAGAAGACAGCUACUGCCCUGUCACUGGGUCCAUGUCUCCAGGCAGUGCCUCGCAGAUUCUGGCACGGAAGAAGAGAAGAGGGAUCAUAGAGAAAAGGCGCAGAGACCGGAUCAACCACAGUCUGUCAGAGCUGCGCAGACUGGUGCCAAGUGCUUUUGAGAAACAGGGUUCUUCUAAAUUGGAAAAGGCAGAAAUUCUGCAGAUGACAGUGGACCAUCUCAAACUGUUACAUGCUAUGGGAGGAAAAGGGUACUUUGAUGCAAGAGCUCUGGCAGUUGACUACAGGACCCUGGGUUUCAGGGAGUGUGUUGGAGAGGUUGUGCGGUACCUAAGCUCACUGGAGGGGGAGUCUCCGGACCCUUUAGGAGCCCGCCUCGUUUCCCACCUCUCCCACUGCGCUAGUGAGCUGGACCCUCUCCUCCUACAGUCGUUCCCUGCCUCUGCCUUGCCCUUCCCACCUUGGCCGUGGACCUCCUUCCCACCAAUUGCCCCUGCAUCACCGGCCCCCUCCCCGCCAUCUUUCCCGAACGGGCGGAGGGAUCUCACCCUGCUCGGGAGCUACCCGUCAUCUGCCUCGCUGCGUCUUGCCCCCCUGGCUGGCUGUCAGCAGGGUGCCCCGCAACUCCUUGGGCGGACAGCUCUGGCCUCCAUCCACAGAGUGGCCUCCCUCCCAUCAUCUCCUGCUCUGGGCCCCUCCGGGCCGAACCAGUCAUCCCCUCACAGCACCACCUGUGCUUCACCUCUACCUCUCCCCACUGCUUCCUCUUCUUCUCCUUCUUCCUCCUCUUCCACUUCCUCAUCUUUCCGGCCUUUCGCCCCUCUGGGCUCUCCAAUAGCCCAGCGCAGGAGCUUAAGUGGAGCAUCCAAGGUGCCACAGGGGUGGGGAACGGAGAUCGGAGCGUUUUGAAGACCAUCUUUAACAAACAAACUCUCUAAAGUGGACACGGACCUUACAUUUGCACCAUGUAGCAAAUACGUAUGAGCAUUGUCUCUUUUAUGGGACUCUAAAAGCCAUAUCAGAUGAUGAGUGAAGUUUUAGAUUCUUACAAUCAUAUAUGAAGGAAUGUGAAGGAAUUUCUUAAUUGUAUCUAUGUUCUUGUCUGACAAAUACACACAUAGUGUCCUGCAGAGCCAUAUACAGGAUUUCUUUCUCAAGAAAGGAUGAGUUUUGACUGAACUUUGAGCUGUGAUAUUUCCCUGUUCUAAAACAUUUAUUACAUUUGAUUACAUUUUUCCUUUCCAGAGAAUGUUUGACAAAAACGUCUAUAAAGUUUAAGUGCCUUCACCCUUG